UGUCUAUAGUGGUUUGAGCCAGCGAAGUGAUUGGCCGCAACAACAUCCACCAAUUCCUCUCCCUUUGCUUCCUCCAUCGAUCUCCCUUUCUCUUUAUUUGAGACCUUUGGAUCAAACUCCUCAACGCUCAUCAUCAUCAUAAUCGUAGCUUGAGCGCGGUACGCAUCGGCGAUCAUGGACGGCGUGGUGGACUACAGGGGCCGUCCGAUCUCCCCCGCCACCAACGGCGGAUGGACCUCCGCUCUUUUCAUCAUCGGGGUGGAGAUGGCGGAGAGGUUUGCGUACUACGGGAUAACGUCGAACCUGAUAAGCUACCUGACGGGACCGCUGCGGGAGUCGACGGCGGCGGGCGCGGCCAACGAGAACGCGUGGUCGGGCGCCGCGUCCACGCUCGCGCUCGUCGGCGCAGUCGUCGCCGACUCCUGGCUCGGCCGAUACCGCACCGUCCUCUACUCCUCCUUCCUCUCCUUCCUGGGUUUAGGAUUGCUGACUCUCUCCGCUACGCUUCCCUCGCUUAAACCGCCAGAAUGCGUUGCUGUCGACGGAGAGAGCUCAUCAUGCCCUCCACCUUCGACUUUCCAAGUCGGUUUCUUCUUCUUUUCCCUCUACUUAGUUGCCCUCGCACACGGCGGGCACAAGCCAUGUGCUCAGGCUUUCGGAGCUGAUCAAUUCGACAGUAGAGAUCCUGUGGAAAGCGCGUCGCGAAGCUCGUUCUUCAAUUGGUGGUACUUUGGAGUGUGUGCAGGAACUAUUACUGCUCAACUGAUCCUCAACUAUGUACAAGAUAACAUGGGAUGGGCCCUCGGGUUCGGGCUACCGUGCGUUGCGAUGGGCUUGGCGCUUCUGGCGUUUUUCGUUGGAACGAGAACGUAUCGCUACCAUCUUGUGGCAGAGGAAAGCCCGUUUGUGAGGAUUAUUGAGGUGUGCGGCGAAGCGUUAAAGAAGAAAUGGAGCAAUUUUAUUUCCAGGAAUGAUGAGGCUAGCGAAAUGCUGUUGCCAGAAAAAGGCAAGCAAUUCAAGUCACUCGAGCAUAAACCGGCACUUGAUUUCAUCGAGCCUCACGAUUCUUCUCCAUCGAAGAAAAUGACCGAGGCCGAAGUGAAGGGGCUAGCUCGACUAUUCCCCAUCUGGACUACUUGCUUAAUAUACACCGUAGUUUUCGCUCAACCGCCGACUCUAUUCACGAAGCAAGGCAGCACGAUGGAAAGACAUAUUGGCUCCGGAUUUCAGAUACCACCAGCAGCGCUGCAAUCAUGUAUCGGCAUAACGACGGCUAUUUUCAUCCCAAUCUAUGAUUUCCUUCUCGUUCCCUUUGCUCGAAGAUUCACCGGCAGACCCUCCGGUAUAACAAUGCUUCAGAGAAUCGGCACGGGGAUGUUUCUCUCUAUAGUCUCGACUGUUGUAGCAGCGUUAGUCGAGAUGAAGAGGCUAAAAACAGCUAGAGACUUUGGCUUAGUUGAUCAGCCAAAUUUUACAGUUCCGAUGAGUGUAUGGUGGUUGGCACCGCAGAAUGUGCUAUUCGGAAUAUCUGAUGCAUUUGCGACGGUUGGUUUGCAAGAGUUUUUCUACGAUCAGGUGCCAGAUUGUCUGAGGAGUUUAGGGCUUGCUCUCUACUUGAGCAUUUUUGGGUUAGGGAGAUUUCUCAGUAGUUUCCUCAUUUCUAUUAUUGAUAGACUCACUGGGGGGAAAGAAAGUGGUUGGUUCGCGAACGAUCUGAAUCAGGCACAUCUCGAUUACUUCUUUUGGCUCCUUGCAGGGUUGGGUUUCGCAUCGUUCGUUACGUACCUGCAAGUGGCUAGAACCUAUGUCUAUAAGAAAAAAUUGAGAUGAUACACGGUUGUACAUAUUGUUAUAAAUUGUGAUAUUAGCGACAGAAGUCGGUUAAUUACUUAUUAUAAAGGUAUUUCAUGUGUUACAUUUUCGCUCUCCCUUUGCUUUCAGUGAUAUUAUUCAAGAUCCGAAUCAGUUGUACAUUA